AAACCCGCCCCCUACCCAUCCAGCUCUCUUUCUCUUUCCCUCUUUUUCUCUCACCACAGAACAUUUCCAGCCUUGGCAAGUUCCUCGUGAUUUGCUCUCAUCGUCUUAAUGAAUUCAACUGGGAGUGCAUUGGCCCUGAUGCCCACCCCUUCAGGGAGAGGUCCAGUGCUCUUGCAUAUAUCUGCAGGGCUGCUGCAUGCUUUCCAUCGUUCCAUCAGCUUCUGUCACUAACACAUCCUCUUAAAGGGAGUGUGGGAGAAAGCUAAGCCAGCCAGAAGGUCAGAGACACUCGUGCAUCACAGGUGCCUUGAUGCAAAAGGAAGGUUGUGUCCGUGUGCCAGUGUUUUUGAAAAGUGGAACUUCUUAAAGCUGUUAGAAAAUUUGUUUUUCUAUUGGACGACUCACCUGUGGACAGGUGAAGUGGAAUCAUGGGUAUGAUGUCACUGCUGCUGUUGAUGGUGAUUGGUUGGUGUGGUGGGGUGCCUCCGUUGAGAGAGGUGUACAGAAUGCCACAGAGCGCACUUAAAGCUCUGUCUGAUAGAGGAACAGUAGUGAUGGAGGCCGCUCUGUCCCGCGCUCUGUCUGCCGUAGAUGCUGCCGUAUUGGACCGCAACAAGGCUGAGGCAGGCUGCAGAGGGUGUGUGCCCUGUCUGUUUCAGGACUGUGGACAGCGAAAAGGCGCUUGUGCUUCUCCAGAGGAUACACAGUCAGAGCCGAGCUGUCAGGUCAUCUCUCGCGCUCAGGAGGAAGCUGAUGAAGGAGAGAGGAGUUGGUUGCUGAGUCAGGCCUGUGGCUACUACAAACGCCGGUGCACACCUGCACAAGUGAACAAAGACCUGUGCGUCAGAGUCAUGGGAGAGAGUUGCAGUGCUCGCGUCCUGCAGUGCAGUCUGCUCAACACCAUGCAGAACCUGGAGCCGGCCACACAGACCACAGCACAGGCUGUGUGUGGCCAGCGUUUCUCUGUCUCACAAAACCUGACACAGCCUCGUUCUCGUAUUAUGGGGGGAUCUCCUGCUCCUCUGGGCAGCUGGCCAUGGCUGGUGAACCUUCGGCUGGAUGGCGCUCUGAUGUGUGGGGGCGUGCUGGUUGACAGCUCUUGGGUCCUCACUGCUGCCCAUUGCUUUGCUGGGAGCCGCAGUGAGAGUUAUUGGACAGCGGUAGUGGGAGAGUUUGACCUCAAAAAAACUGACCCUGAUGAGCAGAUCAUGAAAGUCAAUCGCAUCAUCACUCAUCCGAAGUUUAACCCAAAGACGUUUAAUAACGACAUUGCUCUGGUGGAGCUGAGUUCUCCAGUUAUUCUGUCUGAACGGGUCACACCUGUCUGCGUGCCCUCUGACCUCGACCCACCGGCUGGUACACCCUGUUUGGUGGCUGGCUGGGGCUCUCUAUAUGAGGACGGACCCUCUGCAGAUGUGGUGAUGGAGGCGAAAGUGCCACUGCUGUCUCAGACCACCUGUCGCAGUGCACUGGGGAAGGAGCUGCUCACGAAUACCAUGUUCUGUGCUGGGUACCUCACUGGAGGUAUCGACUCAUGCCAGGGUGAUUCUGGAGGGCCGCUGAUCUUCCAGGACCGUUUAUCGGGACGGUUUCAGCUCUUUGGCAUCACCUCUUGGGGGGAUGGCUGUGGGGAGAGGGGAAAGCCUGGUGUUUACACACGGGUCACCGCCUUCUCUGACUGGGUCAUGACAGAGAUACAGAAGUCCUUUGGGAGUCGGGAGCCCACAUGUCCUGAGCUGCUCAAGACAACUGAACUGUCUGAAGAACAGCAGAUGUCAGAAUUGACCACACUCUGCCACUUCUACACGCUAUCCUGCUCUUCGACCCUCGACCCCUCUGCCUGUCAGCGUCUCGCUCAGGACAAAUGCCAAAGCCGGCUUAAGAAGUGCAAGUUGCAUUCCUUUCUGCAGACUCUGCUGGACUUGCUUCAGAGGGCCGAUGACUGUAUCAGAGAUAAAGUUGACCUGACCUUCUUCACUCAGACUCUUCCUCAGUUGGUGGAG